GACUGUAUUUGUCCUGCGUUGCUGUGGCAACACAGGUAAACAAAAGGUUACUUGUAAACGUUAAGUGUCUUCUUCAUCACACUCAAGGACCAUGCUUAAGAAGAAAGGAAAAAAGGGAAGGAAGGGGAAAAGUAAAGGUAAAAAAGAGGGAAAACAGGAGUCAAAAGGUGAAAGAGAGUCUGAAAUCGAGAGGGCGAAAGCAAAUGCUGCUCUUUGGGAAACCAGGCUGGGUAUCACCGAGAGCUCACGCUUGGAGUACCGUGAGGCCGCCCGCAGACUUGCCCGUGCUAAUGAAGAACUCACAAAUCAACAGUACCGCGCAGAAAAAGAGACUGUCGAUAUCAUUGCAUUCUUGAAGAAGAAAGAAGCCGAAAAGGAAGCCAAGAUUGCAGAACUUGAAGAAGAACUACACCAUGAAAAAACAAAGGCAUUGGAGGAGAAAGAGCAAAUUGUUGGUGAAUACACCCAAACAAUCAGUGAUAUGGAGGAUAAAUUUAAGAAGAGACUCAGUGAGUUUCGUAUGAUCCAGGGAGAGCUGAAGACGAUUAAGGAAUUUCGCAAGCAGAAAGCCCACAUGGAACAAGAACUUACCAAUCUUAAAGAAAACAUGUACAUUGAAAAUCGGGAGCACAAAGAGAUGCUUGCUAGAGUGGAGCACAAAUUUUUCAUUGAAAAGGUUCGCCUGGAGAAGGAAGCAGAGCAGAGAAUUGCUCAGUUGGCUGAACGUGCCCACAAUGAAGCUGUUGUGCAACUAGAUGAUGCCUCUUGUUCAGUGUUCAAGGAGAAUAUGCGUCUCAAUGAGGCUCUCACCUACCACAUGAGUGAGGUGGAACACCUGAGAGGGAGAAGUGAAAUCCUGGAAGAGGAAAAUGCAUCACUCACCCUGCAUAAGGAUACAAGUGAGUUCAUGAUGAAACAGAACGUUUGUAAGAUGGCUGCCCAAAAGAAAGAGAUCUUGCAACUGAGGAGUAAGGUCGAUGUUUUGGAGCGGGCACUUAAUAUCAUGUCAGUGCAGUUUGAGCAUGAGAAGAAUGAGAUCCAGGAGAAAGUUAUUCUCAGCACACAGACCAACUGUGCAGAACUUGAGAAAUUGCAGAAGCUAUUGGCACUGCGUGAAUGUGAAAUGACUCGGGUCAAGCGUCUUGCUCGUAUAAUUCUGGAGCAGCGCACUGAACUAGAACUCUUCCUUCAUGGGGCCCUGGAACAUGUGAAACAAGAGAUUCUGUCCAAUCGCUUGCAAUAUAGACAAGAAGCACUGGACGCAUACCAAAGGAGGAUGAGUGAUGCACGAGCAGGAAGACAGGAGUAUCCACACAUCCGUACCUUUCAUAGGAAGCCCUAUUCUACCAAUAGUGUCUUUGCUGACUUGGAGGAGGCAGAAAAAUGGACAAACAUGCAAAGCACCAAAGUGGACAUUGCUGAGCUCACCUGGGAACAGAAAGAAAAGGUCCUCCGGCUUUUGUUUGCCAAAAUGAACAGUCUCAAAUACAGAAAACCAGCCCAGACUUUGAAAGCUUUAAGUGAACAGGACCAAAGCAACAGUGCUCCAGGAAUUGCAGAUGAUUUUUCCCACCACACCUUCAUCACCCAGGCCCCAGUACCGAACCAGACUUCUGAUCUUCCAGAUCUACACACCUCUUGAUUUGCUGAUUGAAUGGAUUCAUGCCUUGAGUACAGAAAGUCAACAUCCUACAUCAUGAUUAUCAUCUUAACACUUCCCCGGAAUUGAUUUCAUGAAUGUUUUGGAAAAUAACAUACUUUUACAUCAUACAGAUGAAAAUAAAAAGGGCAUACUAAAAAUACUGUUG